AUGCCAGGCGAGGACAAGCAGGGCAGGAGCGGUGGGGAGGUGGCAGAGGGGGUCCCGCAGGCUGCGGCUGGCGCUGGUAACGGGGCGGAGAAGCAGAAUGGGGAUGGCCAGAAUGGCCUAAGCGGCAGCACAGGUACCCAGGGCAGCACACAAGCGGGUGGCGAUGGCCAGAACCAGGGCACCGGCGGCACGGACAACAAGGCCAACAGCACCCAGAGUGGCAGCAGUGGCGGUACAAACCAGAGCACCGGCCCCAGCGGUAACGACGAGAACGGGACCAACACCCAGACCAGCAGCACAGGUGAGGAGCAGAGCAACACCCCCAGCAGUAACGGCAGUCCCGGUGGUGCUGACAGCGCUGAUAACCCAGGCAAGAACCACAGCACCGGCACUGACAACGAGAGCAAGCCCACCGACAGUAACAGCGGGGGUCAGGUCACUGGCCAGAACACGGACACCAAGAGCCAGGGGAGCGAUGCUGAGGGUGGGAGCAAGAACGGGGAGACCAGCAGCGAGAAACAGGGCAGCAGCGAGGGUAGCGAGACUGGCAAGAGCCACGCCAACAAGAAAGAGACUGAGAAGGAGAAAGCUGAGGCUAAGAACCAGGCCAACAACGAGGAAACUGAGAAGGAGAAAGCUGAGGAUGAGAGCCAGGCCAGCAACCAAGAUGGUAACGGUGGGAGCCAGGCCAACAGCCAAGACACCAACACCGAGGACAAGGAAAAUGAUGACAAGAAGCAGGAAAACAGCCAGGAGAGUGACGAUGGGAACCAGGAGAGUAACGAUGGGAACCAGGAGAGCGACACCGGGAGCCAGGGCAAUGAUGGGGGCUCACCGAGGGAUAAAAACGUGCCACCACAACCAGCUUCCUCUGCUGGUGAGGACGACAGCUUCUUAGAGAAUGAAGAAACCCCCAGGGAGGAAGAGGAAGGGGCUAAAGGGAGCAGCGAUGCCUCCUCCUUUGCUAGGGAGAGAGGGAAGAGCCUUCCUUCUCCCAGGGACCAGUCGGAGAGCAGCCACUUCUUCGCCUACCUGGUGACCACUGCGAUUAUCGUCGCUGCCUUGUACGUAGCGUAUCACAACAAGCGCAAGAUCAUUGCUUUUGCUCUGGAAGGAAAGAGAUCCAAAAGCGGUCGACGACCCAAAUCUGGCGACUAUCAGAGACUGGAUCAGAAGAUCUAGCUUCCUCCUUGGAUGCUCAGCGUAGCGAUGGAUGGCAUUGAAAGUGCAGGAAGCCCAGGACACCACCGCCUCCCCCGCUGCAGCUGCGCACCAUGGUCAGGUUCCAGACAGCAGGAAGAAGAAGGGGAAGUGCUUUUAGCUUUGCACCUGCACCUUGGUAACGUUAAACCCUUCACUUCCUCAUAACACGUUCCUCCUUUUCCACCUGCCUGAAGAUGAAACUCUGGCUUGUAGCCAGCGCCCAGCACUUGACAGAGCCUCUGUGGCCAAAUGAAAUGGAAUUUGCCAACUACUGUACUGAUGUCUCCUCUUGGGGGAAAGAAAUUAUAUAUAGAGAGAGAUAUAUCUAUCUAUCUGCCUGCGAAAUGAGCCGUCGGACCCUCCCCUUCCAGAGCCCGAGAGCUCUGGUCGUACCCAGCACCUCGAGGCACACGCGUGCUCCUCUUCUGUCCGCUGUCUUUGGAUGCUCCACUGCAGCGUGUGACCAACUGCACUGGUUUGGAAGUGAUCCCCUGAGGCCUCUGAUCCGAUGUGAUUUAUUUCCCUCUCUGGGUGAUGAAGACAAUGUUGGGGUUUAACAUCCAGAUUCUCUCUUCCUGCACAUCUUUGACCCUUGGGUUGUAGCUUAAACUUCCUCGCCUGCAUCUUCUGUUCCCCGUGGGGUUCUUUCCUUCCCUGCUCCCUGCUUGUCUCCUCCCUCUCUCCCCCCCCCAGAGCUGUUU